UGCACAGAACAGGGAAAGGGAGACCACCAACAACCCUCAGAAAAUAAUAUAAAAACAAACCUCAAAGGUAGAAGAAAAUACCCAAAAGGAGAAGACUGCAGCUCGCAGUAAUCUGUAAAUGAUUGCUGGCAAAGACUGGAGGCUUCGAGCUUGAGCUGUGUUUGCUCCAAAAGAAAGCCAAGAAGGACGGUGUUAAUAAAGAGAGAUUUAACUGAGGGCUGUGCUUGGAAUAAAGUGGACUACAAAAAGGUCAAAUUUGAUCAGUUGGAGCAGAUUACAAGGGCUUUAAAAGGUAGUGGUGAAGAAAUGAAACUGGGACUGUGAAGCAAUAUAGCACAAGAUUGAUUUUGGGGGUGGAGAGAAGCUGGGACAAGUGCUUAUCAGCUUGAGAAGGAGGAAGAGCUGUGCUGGGUUUGUUGUCAUUCCCACACUGAGUAGAGUACUUGCUGCCUUCGUGGUUAGCCUUCCCUGCCGUGGUUUUUCUUCUUUUUUAUUUUCUUUUUUCCGUUUUUAAUAUACAUAUUUUAUUAUUGUUAUUCCUACAAUGGUGUCUAUAAUCUCUGACUUGGAUCCUCUGAAAAGCUGGAAAGUUUUAAGAGAGACUGCCACAGAGUUAUCUGGAACGUUACCAAGUAACGGCACAGCUAACAAGAUGAAUGGAGCUUUGGAUCAUUCAGACCAACCAGACCCAGAUGCCAUUAAGAUGUUUGUUGGACAGAUUCCCCGUUCGUGGUCAGAAAAAGAAUUAAAAGAACUUUUUGAGCCUUAUGGAGCUGUCUACCAGAUUAAUGUUCUCCGAGACAGAAGUCAGAACCCUCCCCAAAGUAAAGGUUGUUGUUUCGUAACAUUUUAUACAAGAAAAGCUGCUCUUGAGGCACAGAAUGCACUGCACAAUAUUAAAACUUUACCUGGGAUGCAUCAUCCUAUUCAGAUGAAACCUGCAGAUAGUGAAAAGUCAAAUGCUGUGGAAGACAGAAAAUUGUUCAUAGGAAUGGUUUCGAAGAAGUGUAAUGAGAAUGAUAUCAGGGUGAUGUUUUCUCCGUUCGGCCAGAUAGAAGAAUGCCGAAUCCUCCGGGGACCAGAUGGGCUGAGCCGAGGCUGUGCGUUUGUCACAUUUUCUACAAGGGCAAUGGCACAGAAUGCAAUCAAAGCCAUGCACCAGUCUCAGACCAUGGAGGGCUGCUCUUCGCCAAUCGUGGUGAAGUUUGCUGACACCCAAAAGGACAAGGAGCAGCGGCGUUUGCAGCAGCAGUUGGCUCAGCAGAUGCAACAGCUCAAUACUGCCACUUGGGGAAACCUCACAGGUCUUGGAGGACUCACACCACAAUAUCUAGCUCUCCUGCAGCAAGCAACUUCCUCCAGUAACUUGGGUGCCUUCAGCGGCAUUCAGCAAAUGGCCGGCAUGAACGCUUUACAAUUACAGAAUUUGGCAACUUUAGCAGCCGCAGCAGCCGCCGCCCAGACCUCAGCUACCACCACCAAUGCAAACCCUCUCUCCACAACGACUGGUGCUCUGGGAGCCCUCACAAGUCCUGUGGCUGCAUCAACUGCUAAUUCCACAGCUGGUGCGGCCAUGAAUUCUUUGACUUCUCUGGGUACUCUCCAAGGACUGGCUGGAGCCACUGUUGGACUGAAUAAUAUUAAUGCACUAGCAGUUGCUCAAAUGCUCUCAGGUAUGGCGGCCCUGAACGGAGGACUCGGCGCCACAGGCCUGACGAACGGCACGGCCGGCACCAUGGACGCGCUCACCCAGGCCUACUCAGGAAUCCAGCAGUACGCGGCCGCCGCGCUGCCCACCCUCUACAGCCAGAGCCUGCUGCAGCAGCAGAGCGCCGCGGGCAGCCAGAAGGAAGGUCCAGAAGGGGCAAACCUCUUUAUUUACCACCUCCCCCAGGAGUUUGGAGACCAGGACAUUCUGCAGAUGUUCAUGCCUUUUGGAAAUGUUAUCUCUGCUAAAGUCUUCAUUGACAAACAGACCAAUUUGAGCAAGUGCUUUGGUUUUGUUAGCUAUGACAAUCCGGUCUCUGCACAAGCUGCUAUCCAGGCUAUGAACGGCUUUCAGAUUGGCAUGAAACGCUUGAAGGUUCAGCUGAAACGCUCCAAAAAUGACAGCAAACCUUACUGAUCUUAACCCCAGAUGCUUACUGCUCUUAUUUUAGCUUUCUUAGGGUAAGUCCCAUGAGCAAACCUGUCCUCUGCAGGGGGGUUAAGAAAGAACAUAGAGCCAACCUUCACCAAGGGACAGUUAUUUUUACAGUUACCACUUCCAUCUCCCCACUUGUCCUUACUGCACUUGGCUCCCAUUUCCUUGCCAAGUAAUUACUGAGUUGUGUUACUGUAUUUUGUUUUGCAGCAUAAUUUAUCUCCUUUUCGAAACGAAAAUAAAUGUCUUGAAAUUCCAAACAGCACACACACACAGACACAAAAAAAAAUGUGCAAUUUAACUCUGUGAACCCUGGUGCCAUUAGCACACAAUAAAAGUUGUUUUCUAUGGAUGGAUCGUAUUUUACCAGGGUGGCACCAGCAGUUUAUAGGUUAAACAAAAUGGCCUCAUGCCAGUUGAAGCACUUAUUUUGCAACAAAAAUUGAAAUAAGUCUUUCCACUACAUCAACUUGUUUUUUGAGAAGAUCUGAUUUUUUUUUCGGUUCAAAUCAACGUAUUGUUAUAUAUUAGUCUGAUUUUACACUGGUCGUCUUUAUAUUUCAUUUUUUUUUAAGUUCUUGUUUUUUUGGAAAGGAUUAAUGUAAAAAAGAUUUAGAGAUCUGUUUCUAAAGCUACAGGGUUUAAAAUAAAAAAAAUAAAAUAAAAUGAGUGACAAUACUUGAUGUUUCUUGAGAGAUAAAUUUAAUAAUAAUAAAAAAAAGAAAGCCACAGGCCUGUAAAUUUUAUUUGUAAAAAGCAUUUCUAUUUUUAUACAAAAUUUUUACUGCCUCAGAAAUAAUGGAAUUUAUUUAUUGCCUAUUGUUAACUUAUUGGAUACCUAAAGAGCAGCUCUCUAUGCUAGCUAGAUCCUUUGAAGUAGUCUCUAGAGUAAUUGUGCCAAGAAUGGGCGCUUUUUCACUGUUGAACCCUCCACCCUUUGCAGUUCAUGCUUUUAUCCUCUUGUUUGUAUUUGUCUGGUUAUUUUGUUCGUAGUUUCCAUUACCUAGUUUAAAGUUCGGUUGUCCGACCCUUUCCCUCCCCCUGCCCCCCCCGUACCUUUCUGUUACAUUUGUAGAAACUGGUUCUUUCCUCUCUUUUUCUCCCCAAAGAGGAAUCCAUUCUCUCUGACUCCUUUCAGAUGGAUUCUUUUGGGGCUCCAUUGUGUUCUUGUUGACAAGUAUUGUAAGUUAAUGCAAAUUAUGUGAACAGCUCGUAGGCUCUACUGAUAAAAGAUUUGCAUUAGUUUUCUCCUGCACCCAUAAAAGUGAUUUUGUUUGUGCUGCAUAGAUUCUGUGUAACUUUUUUUCCUCUUCCUUGUUUUUUCCCUAGACAUCUCCAUGCCCGUUAGCCCAUCGUUUGCCUAGCAUGUCCCUGUGGCGUCUCAAAAAAAAAAAAGUUUCAUCGUCCCGUCAUUGUUUCUGAUGUCUUUCUGACCUCACAUCAUAUUUGGUUCUCCUACUGACCUAGUUUGACCUUUGAAAUUUGCAUGUGACCUCAUCUAGCUAUGAAUUCUGGGAAGUCAAUGUGAAAAAACAUUGCUGCAUUCAUGCAAGACUGAAAUUUAUUAUUAGAUAAAUUAAUGAUAGGAUUUAAAAACAACCUGUGGCAAAAUGUUUUUUCUUUCUUUCCUUUUUGUUUUUUCAGUUUUGGUUUCUGGUUUUCUUCUUUCCUUGUAGUUUUUGUUUCAUUUAGUUUGGGUUUUUUUGUUUGGGUAUUUUUCUUGGUUGAUUUUUGGUUUUGGUUUUUUUUUUUUUUUUCAUUUCGUAAAAAAAAAAAUAAAAAAAAAACAGACUUGAAAGUAUUAUACAGGGAUUGGCAUUCUGCCUGGUCACUGGUGACAAUAGCAAUAUGUGUCCAGAGGCACAGAAUGUUGGUUUCUAACAGACUACUUCCAAAACAGUUUGAGAAAUAAAACUGUCUGAUUUUAAGUCUCUAGAGGUCUGUAAUAGUUUUUACAUUUUUCAGGCAGUGUAAAGUUUUUUGAUAAGGCCAUUUUAGGUGGCUCACUUUCUCAUUAAAGUAUAUAUAUAGAACCACUUUUUGUAGAUUAGUAUAAGAAAAUAUUUACCCUGUUUUAGGGCAAAUGCUACCUACUUGUGUCACCUUUUGCUGAACUGACUCACAGUUAGACAAUCCAUGGUUUAAUGCACAUGAAAUUACCUAUAUUUUAUACUGUUUCAAUGUACAGAAGAAAGGUUACUGUAAAAUGUGUUACGUUGGUGCUUCUGUGAAUUAAGUUGUGGUUUCAUCAUGAGUCUUAUGGUCUUAAGUGUUCUAUGUUUAUAAAAAGACAAGUUUAAAAUUGGUUUACUUGAACAACAAGAACAAAAAGAAGAUUCAAAAAAAAAACACAAAAAAAAAGUUGUUUGCUUAAAAAAAAAAUAAUUUCAUGUGAAAAUGAAAAAAUAUUCCAGAAUAAGUUUGUGUUGGCUUGUGACGCAUUGAUGUCAUUUUUUUAUUGUGAACAAUUUAGGUGUGUUUGUGUUCAGCAAAAUGUGAUCAGUUUUUCUUUUAAAGAAAAAAAAAAUCAGUGAAACUAUAGUGCCAAAUUCCAAAGGUACUUUCUUCCUAGAGCUUCAGUGUGUUUCUUGUGUGAAGUAAUUUGAUAACAUGGGUAUUUUAUUAUGUGUUUUGUAUAAAUCCCUAAUAUUUAAAGAAAAAAAGAGGUUAAAAAGUUUGUUAACUUGCUAUCCUGUGGUCUUGUUGCCUGAAAUUGUUAUUGUUUGUUAUUUCUCUUUGAUGUUUUUUGUAAAACAUUGUAUAAGUGCCCAUGUUUCACUUUUUUAACCACUCUGCACACAUCAAUGCUGUGAAAGCAAACCUCACUAUGUAUUUUCUUCAUAUUGUAUGGAAACCUCUAAGGUGAGAAAGUUUUGAACUUUUAACCCUUUCCACCCAGAGCUGUCUUGAGUGUUAAUACCUUUUAUACAUUCACCAUUUUGCUGUUUAUUUUUAUAUAUAUAUCUAUAUCUAUAAAUAUAUAUAUACUUAGUUUUUUGUGGUUUAUUUAAUACAUGGUUGAAAUCAGAACAAUGCACAGGGCAGAUCUGAAGGACAAAAAUAUUUUACUGCUGUCUAAAUUUCUUCUGUAUCUAUAACUAAAAUUAUUUAAAACCGUAAUUAACUUGUGGUUUUCCUUUUUAGAUUUUGGGGAUUUUGUCUUUUCUUAAAGAGCUUUUAAUAUGCUGCUGGAAUAUGCUAUUCAGUAUUAAUAAAAUAAAAGAAAAAGAAAACAAUUCUUUAAUUAUCUAUUGUAUGAGCCACUCCCAACCAGGAGCGGUCAAUCCACCAUUUGAAAACCUUGAGGAGAAAAAAAAAAAAAGAAUAAUAAUAUUUUUGUAAUUUAAAUAAAUGAAUUUUUGCUUAAAUCAGAUGCACUAGAUCUUCCUGGGUGAAAAUUCAGUGUGCACUGCAGUUAAACUACUUUUUAUGGAUAAAGUUUACAUACACUGUAAUGUUUGGUGUUAUUUGCCAUUAUUUGUCACGGCAAUAUCCUGGCUUACUCCCGCAGACACUCGUUCAGAGAGGAGUAACUUUACUCGUGCCCGUGGUCCAUGGGAAUGUCUGUGUGACUGAUGGGGGUGUUUGCUGGAGGAAGCUCUUUGUCAGGAGCCAGAAAAGAGAUGCUGGUAGCCCUUUUCACUGCCUUGUAAGUCCGAUUGGGUUGCGUUCCUACCGCACAAACAGUGACCAACAACCAAAUUCGGUUCUUUGCCACCGGUUCAGCAAAUUCAUUGCCAAUCCAAUGUGUGUGAGCAGCAGUACCUGCUACAGGUCAUAAAGUGCCAUAACUUCUUCCACCUCCUAGUUCUAUCUGGUUAUAUCUGAAGCCACCUAAAAUUAAAAACGAAGCCCUAUAUGAGCAACAUCAGCUGGUGCACUCUUGUCUCUCAUCCCCAACUUAAAUGCUUCUUUAUGUAGAGCCCUGGGAUGGAAAGGACUAGCCUCUAGUGAUGCAAAAAAAGUUUCCUUCUUAUAGCACAUGCACUUAUAAAUAAAUGAUCUAUACUUUUCUCACGUUUUUACUACUGCUGGGGCCUUCCUACACCCUUUGAGGGCUAUUUUGUACUACUUGCAGCAAUUGUGCGUAUUCAAAGUAUCAUCUCACGUACGUUAUAUUAUAUAUAUGUACAUAUAUAUAUAUAUAUAAUAUGAGAUCAUCAUUUGGAUUGUUUAGAGACUGUUUCACUAAUUUUUCUCAUUGUACCCACCGUCUAAAUUUCCAAAGCUUUUGUAGGUGCCCUGGUGUGUCCUGUGGGUUUUCCAGUCCGCUUAGAGCGGUGAUGCCUCUGGUCCUUGGGCAGUGUAACUCAACACCAGGCUGCCCUGAAUUACUCCACAGGACAUUGGCUUAGCAGUGGGAGACAAGGAAUGUUUCUGUACUUCCAGGCAACUGAGAUGAGUCAUUGCUUAGAAAAGUGUCCAUCUCUGGAAAAUAAAAAAAUUUUAAAAUUCAAAAAUAAAAAUAAAAUUCAAAUACAAAACCAAAAACCCAAACGUACACCUCCUGGGAGGCAAAUUAUCUACCAGUUCUCUUUCAAAAUAAUGAAAGGAAAAAGCUGCAAGGGUGCAAGGGCCUAAUAAGAGAGGAAGUAAAACAAGGGAAAUUGCUUUACAAAAUUCUAAUCAAAAGACUAGACUAGUUGUUUUAUCAAACAAAUUAGCUAAUUGCAAUGAAAUGGCAGUCCUCAAAGGAGUAACAAGUUCAUCUUUCUUUCACCAUAGGGGUUACAGUUCCUUGGCUUGUGCUACUCUGGAAUCAUUUUACUGUUUCUGUUUUUAUUAUCUUAAGUGCUAAUUAACAAAAGGAAAAAAAAUAUCCUGUAGUUUCAUUACCUUUUUGGAUAAUGUCAUACAAAAAGAAAAAAAAAAAAAACAAACCUAUGUAUUUGUGUUUUUUUCGUGCUGUGGGAAUUGUUGUUUGUAGAUUAAUAAUACUAUCAUUUUGUUUAGAAUUACAAACUAGUUUUUAAGUAUUGUCUGAGAAAAGCCAAAGUUAAUGCAAUCUAGUGGAAACUGUAAGACCAUUUGAGUAUUGUUUCUGUUUUAUUGAUGCAUUUGGAUUUUGUUGUUUGAUGGAAUUUGAGCCAAAAAAAAAAAAAAGAACAAAAAAAAGGCAAAAAAAAAAGCAGGCUUUCCUAUUUCUACAACUUGAUUGUACUUAUGCAUUUUGUACCAGUGGAACUUUUUAUACUGGAGAUUAAAAAACAAAUGGAAAUUUUUGUGGCUUACUCUCGUGGGCCCCCUCGAUCAUGACUGAUUUUCAAGUUUGAUUUCUGGACGGUAGAAAGAGAGUUGGUUUUGUUUCGAGAAUUCAAAACUUUGGCUUGAUUUCUUUUUUUCCCUUUGCUUAUAUCUAGUGUUUAGAAUUUUGUCUUAACAAAAGCGGUAAGUUUCACUUUUUAUUCUGUAUCGUGCAGUUACACAAUAAGGUAAUUAGAAUUAGGAGUACUCGGUCACUUUGCGUGGAUAAAUGUAUUAGUUAAAACGUUAGGGGUUUGCUUUUUUGCUGUUUAGAUCAGAGUUUUUUCUGAUUCUUCUGUCCUCAUUGUGAACAUAACCGUGUAGUUGAAACAGUCAGACUUAUUUUUGUAACGUAUGUUAUUGUGUGAUGCAGUUUUUUGCUUCUGUCUCCAAUAUUAAACCAUUUUCCUAAUA